AACGCUAAAAAACCGCUCAGUUGUAAUUAGUUCUCGCUGACGAUAGAACGUAUUCGGAGACUCGCGUGUUUUCUCGUGAUAUUGCUGUUUGCUGUGUGCUGUGCUGUGACGAGAAUAUUGCAAAAAUGAGUAAGUGUGAGCAGCAACAGCGCGAUAAGGAGAAGGAGGAGGAGAACAAAAUGGAGAUACUCUUGGAGCUCAAUAUGAAGCAGAAGCUGGCCACUCGGCUCUGCAUUCUGAUAUUUGGCAGCUUUGUCUUUGCCUUCUUUUGCUCGGACAGCGCCUUGGCCAGCCUCACACUGGGUGCUCUAAUGGCCCUCACACUGCGGAGUCCCACAAAUAUCUAUGCCUUGGCGAUGACGUGUCGCAGGGAUCUCCUUGCUUUUCACCGCUUUGUGGCACUCAACUUUUAUCUGCUUCGCAAGGAUCGCAAGGGCUGCACCGUAGCCCACUGCUUUGAGGAAGUGGCUCUGCAGCAGCCAAGCAAAACUUGCUUCAUAAUGGACGAUCGCCGUCUCAGCUUCGGCGAGGCGCUGCUCUACAGCCAGAAGGUGGCUGGUUACUUCCAGCAGCGGGGAUUGCAGCGCGGGGACUGCGUUGCUCUGCUAAUGGAGACGCGAGUGGAGUACACGUGCAUAUGGAUGGGUCUCAGUCAGCUGGGCGUUGUCACGGCACUGAUAAACUCGCACCUGCGUGGCGAUUCGCUGCUGCACUGCAUCCGGGUGGCCAAGGCGACGGCACUGAUCGUGGGCGCUGAACUGGCCGAUGUGCUGGCUGCGAUGCCUUCACUCGACAUUCCCAUCUAUCAGUUUACGGAUCAGGAGCAGCACCAGCUGCUGCCAGGUGCCACUGAGCUGAGCAAUGCGCUCAACGCCCAGACGCCGCUGCCCGUGAGUCGUAGCUUGGAAUGUUCCGCCCGGGACAAGCUGCUCUAUGUGUAUACCUCGGGCACCACGGGAUUACCGAAGGCUGCAGUCAUCACCAAUCUGCGGUUUCUUUUCAUGUCAGCGGGCACCUUCUACAUGUUGGGACUGAAUCGAGAUGAUGUGGUCUACAAUCCCCUGCCCUUGUACCACACGGCCGGUGGCAUCGUGGGCGUGGGCAACGCCCUACUUAAUGGCAGCACUGUGGUGUUGCGUAAGAAGUUCUCGGCAUCGAAUUUCUGGAGCGACUGCAGCAAGCACAACUGCUCCGUUGCCCAGUACAUUGGUGAGUUGUGUCGCUAUCUGCUAGCCACGCCCUACGCGAAAACGGGGCAACAAUCUCAGACGCCGCAGCAUCAGCUUCGCCUCAUGUACGGCAACGGACUCAGGCCGCAGAUCUGGACGCAGUUUGUCACCCGCUUUGGCAUUCCUCAAAUCGGGGAAAUCUAUGGCGCCACCGAGGGUAACUCCAAUCUGAUCAACAUUACCAAUCGCAUUGGCGCCAUUGGCUUUGUCCCUGUCUUUGGUCGCAAGCUGUAUCCAGUUCAGAUCCUGCGCUGUGACGAACUGACGGGCGAACCUCUGCGAGAUGCGAAGGGUCACUGCAUGCGCUGUGCUCCUGGGGAGGCGGGACUGUUGGUGGGUCAGGUGGAUGCCAGGCGAGCGGUGAGUGCCUUCCAUGGGUACGCGGAUAAGGAGGCCUCGGAGCAGAAGCUGCUGCGGAAUGUGUACACCAAGGAUGAUUGCUACUUCAACUCCGGUGACAUGGUUGUCUGUGAUAUACUGGGCUUCUUCUACUUCAAGGAUCGCACCGGCGACACGUUCAGGUGGCGCGGCGAGAAUGUCGCCACGCAAGAGGUCGAGGCCAUCAUUACCAACUGCAUUGGACUCAACGACUGUGUUGUGUAUGGCGUUCAGAUUCCCCAUGUGGAGGGCAAGGCUGGCAUGGCCGCCAUAGUGGAUCCGUCACGCAAGGUGGACAUCGAUUAUCUCUCGAUUGUGAUACGUGGCAGUCUGCCUCCCUAUGCGCGUCCGCUCUUUAUCCGCCUGAUGGACGAGAUUCCUCGGACCGCAACGUUUAAGUUGAAGAAGCGUGAGCUGGCGCUUGAGGGAUACGAUCUGGACAGAGUCAGCGAUAUCAUUUACUAUCUGAAUCGCGAUGGCGUCUACAGAGAGCUAAGCGCGGAGCAGUACAAGUCCUUGCAGGCGGGCACUGCAGGACUCUGAGGAUGAAGACGUGGCUCACUUUGAUAUUAACUGCAAUUGUUUUUUUGUAUAUACACACACGCACGCUUACAACCACUUACUUAGUUGUAACACUCAAAAGAAACGACUGAUGAAACUUUAGCAAAAGCCGAGCGCGUUUCAUUCCAAUAACUUGGCCAUAAAAGAAGACAGCUGAACCGAUAAUGGUCGCCAAUACAUUUCCGGUUGCUCCUGCACCACAUAAGACAGCAGCAAGCAGCAAGCAGCUACGGCCAAGAUAUAUCGAAAGUGUUAAAUCCCGAAGAUUAAGUUCUCGCUCAUUGGCAGCUGUUGUGGCCAUUUGGUUGCUGCUGUUGCUGCUGCAGUUGCAACAUUAACGCCAUUUAAGUUCGCUAGCGGCAGCUGCGUCGCGACGUCCCAGCAACAACAACAGCAGCAAGAUAAACGAUGUGCAAAAUCCAUACAAACAACAACAAGGCAUCUGCAGUUAGAGUUACUCUCGCAUUGUUGUUGCUGCUGUUGUUGUUGCUUUUACUGCUGCUUGGCUCCGAGUUGCAACCACAAGCUGCGUUGCCAAAGUCGACAAAGACGCCAACGUCGCACAGCGCAACGCGUCGAUAGCGCCAAUAUCGAUGGCGAAAAAGUUGUGGCAGGCAAUCAUAAAAAACCAAGAAAUACCAACAAAGCCCCUUCUUGCAACGAAUUGGAUCCCAGCUAAGGCUAAGUGCAGCACACGAUGCCACCUCGACCACGACCACAAGACUGCUCAACUACGUUCCGAGUUGCGACGUAAGAACAAAAAAUUCUGUGCUGCUGGAUACAGUCUUAACUGUAGACAGCAUUUUAGUCAGCAAUAAUUGUUGCAUAGUUAGCGAACCUUUACUAAAUGUCUAUAACUAUCAUUAGCACUAUAAAUGGAGCAUGUAACAACGCGGAACAAAUUUCUUCUCACUAUGUUAUCACUUUCAAAUUGCUUUGUUGAGAUAUCAAGUAUUUAAUCAUUUUGCAAAACUCAUAUUAGACG